AUGCAGCUAGGCAUCCAGGAGAAGUGGGUUGAGAACCUGUCUGACAGGGAGCUCACUCAACCGGAGAGGGAUGUCUUAGCCAAGGGACUAAACUUCGCCAUAACACCAGAACAAAUACCUGUGGUAGACCUCAUUACAGCCACAGAGUCUGCCAUUAGGAAUAACAAUUUGACCAACACAGAAGCAGAACAACUAAGGUUGAAAUGUGGUGAGGCUUCCACUGCAUCAGCACCCGCAGCAGGUAAAACGGGCUCACGACUGCCAACUUGGGAUCUAAAGGGCAGAGUGAGCGACAUGAAGAACGAGGUCCAAGCCUAUCGGAACCGCCUGAAAACAACCGCUCAGGAGAACGAGAACCUGAAAGACUCGUUGGCCAGAGCUCAGGAGCGGGAGCAGAAGUUAGAUGAAGAGGUCCACACGUUGAAACGACAACUGAGCCAAUAUGUGGCUGAUUUCUCCAGAGUAAGAGAACAACUAGAAGAGGUCACCAGUGAGAAGAACUCGCUCACAAGGGAAUUCCUCACGUUGCUUAGCCUGAAGCAGAUCUUGGAAUCUGAACUCAAAAAUGUACAGACUGAGCUCUCUGUCCAGGGCUCCAUACUGUCUGGCUAUCAGGCCAGUCUAAAUGAGGCCCAGGACAUAGUGAGGAAUCUGGAGGCAAAGGUGUCCCACCAGUCAGAACAACUGUACAAGGGUGAGAUGACACGCAGGACGCUGCAUAAUACAAUUCAGGAGCUCAAGGGUAACAUUCGAGUUUUCUGUAGAGUACGUCCCCUGCUGACUCCUGAUCAGUCAACCAUGGCACACAUUGAGCUCCCUGCUCAUGAUGAGAAGAGCCUUAAACUGGCUAAAACUGAGGAGUCUCGCACAGGUCAGAAGGGUGACACCCAGAAGAGCUAUAACUUCAGUUUUGACAAGGUGUUUGGGCCACAUGCCACUCGGAAGGAGGUCUUCGAGGAGAUCUCCUUGCUCAUCCAGUCUGCUCUGGAUGGCUACAAUGUCUGCUGCUUUGCCUACGGCCAAACGGGAAGCGGGGAGACGUACACAAUGGAGGGUGGAGAGUUGGAGGAGACACGGGGAGUUAUCCCUAGAGCAGUCCAGCAGAUUUUCAGAACAGCCAGUGUUCUCAAAGAACGGGGCUGGCAGUACACAUUUGUUGCAAGCUUUGUGGAGAUCUACAAUGAGAUGCUCAGGGAUCUUCUGUACAUGGGCAAGCCUAACAAGAGGCCAGAGCAUGAGAUCAAGAAGAUCUCUGCAACCGAAAUCACGGUCACCAAUCUGACCUACCAGAAAGUGACAACUGAGGAUGAGGUGCGCACCCUGAUCGAGCUGGCCAACAUGAAGGAUUACUCCUCCCGCUCUCACUCUGUGUUUCAGUUGGACAUUGAGGGCGAAAAUGCUGACGGAGGUCUAAAGAGCAAAUGCUCCUGUUCAUCAACAUUUCCCCUGAGGAAGACGGCUUUGGGGAGUCUUUAAACUCCCUUCGGUUUGCCAGCAAGGUGAAUGAAUGUGUCAUCGGUACAGCAUCUGCCAACAGUAAAUGAGCGUUACAUUUCAGUA